AUGACCAGCGGAGAAGAUAACAAGGAGGAAAAUACCCUUGAAAAUUCAUCUGUGGAACAAUCCUCGAACCAGAAGACACCUCCUUCGACAGCCUCUGUUGAACCCGAGCUCGAUGACUUCGGACUACCCAAACGACCGGUGAGGGCAACCCGACCAACAGAGUUGGACGACAGUGACGAUGACCACGAGACGUUUCAUGAUGCCGAAGCGUCUACGGAUAAAGAAGGGGCAAGUGAGGGGGACGCCAAAGAGACUCCUUGCGAGCUACAGCAGACGGCAGAGCAGAAGGCAGAGAAGCAUCCAGAAUUGGUUGACAAAAGCAACAAACAAUCGUCUCCGGAUGACGCACCCUCAAAAUCAGACAGAGGAUUGAGCAACCCGGGGAUGAAGGAAAACGAGAAGGAUCCAGUCAUUGGCGAAGUACCAAGUCUCGAGGCGAAGGCAGCAGAUAAAAUUCCACCUCUAGACACAGCAUUGAAGCCGGAUACGAAACAGGAUGAGCAAACAAAUGAUAGCGCAACCUCUCCGACAGCAUCUCGAAUUUCUGGCACAGUUAUACCAAAGCGUAAUCAACGAUCCAGUCCCGCCACGGCCUCUGAAUGGUCUCACCAAAGACAAAUUGCGACCGCGAACAAAUCGGACGAGGAAGAAGAGGAGGAGGAAUGGCAGCCGAUGCCGGCCAUUGACGAAUUUGAUAUCUUUGACGAUAAUGGACGUCUGGUGGCGAAAGGUCACAGGGAAACCGAAGACGAUGCAAAUCCCUAUGCCGGCAUUGGAGGCGCUGGGAAGGGUUAUACGAGAGUGCAGCUCGACGAAGAUGCACAAUCAGCUACAAGCCUAGACGAAGAUACAAACUAUCUGUUUCGGAACGGCCAGAAGAUGGAAGACAUGGAAAACAAGGAUGACCAGGAUGAUGAGCAGCGGGAUGCUCUCAGUCAGCUGCAAGCGACCAAAGAUCUCCUCACGGAAGGCCAGCGAAUAGCCUACGUCGGAGUGGUCCGUUUGACAAUCCACAAAAUGUUUUCAGCGUUGGGUGACCUGGAGAAAACAAAGGGUGUGCGGAAAGAAUUGAUGAGAUCUCUAGAGAAUAUGGAUAUGUGGGGACAGAAGAUGAUGGUUCGGCUCUAUGCUCACAUGGACAUCAACCAGGCCGAACAGAUAAUGAUUGAACAACUCGCUGAGCAUGGGGUGCAGCCGUCUGACCUCGUUAGUCCCCUCAUGCUGAAUGCGAAAGUGAGGAAUCCACUGGCGGACGAGGCUGCGACCGAGACUUCGAAGCCAGACGUCUCACGAAACCGAGAUUCAACAACUUCUGUACACUCCUCGAAAGUGGAUGAUGUCCCUUUGAAAGAGGUCAAGGAGAGCGAAGAAGUCCCUGAAGUCCAUGGACCGGAAGACAUGCCUCAUACCAAGGAGAUUGAGCUCGAUUUGCGGUGGACUGUCUUGUGUGACUUAUUCCUGGUCCUGAUAUCUGAUGGUCAAUACGACGCUCGAUCGAGACGACUACUUGAACGAGUUGGCUCGACAAUGGAGAUUAGCUGGACUCAGAUAUGUCGAUUCGAGAAGAGGGUCAUUGACGCCCUAGAAAUGCAAGAAGAAGAAGCCAAGGAGAAUUGGAACGAAUCCGAACACAUGGAGAAACGGCGUAAACGCGCCCUUAAGAAGAAAUACAUGGUCAUGGGCCUCGCGACUGUUGGCGGGGGUCUUGUGAUUGGUCUGUCAGCAGGAUUACUUGCACCCUUCAUUGGCGCGGGUCUGGCAGCUGGUUUCACGACCAUUGGUGUCACCGGUACAGCAGGGUUUCUGGGAGGGGUGGGUGGAGCAGCUCUGAUCACUUCCGCUGCCACAGCAGCUGGUGGGACGAUUGCUGUUCGAGCUGCAGAUCGUCGGACUGGCAGUGUGAAGACGUUUGAAUAUCGACCGCUGCACAACAAUAAAAGGCUGAACCUUAUCUUGACGAUAUCUGGCUGGAUGACUGGCAAGGUGGAUGAUGUCCGCUUGCCGUACAGCACCGUUGAUCCUAUCAUGGGCGACAUUUACUCCUUGCUUUGGGAGCCAGAGAUGCUUCAAUCAAUGGGUGACACUAUCAACAUCCUUGCCACGGAAGCUUUGACCCAGACUGUUCAGCAAGUUCUUGGAAGUACGAUACUAAUCACUCUGAUGGCAUCAAUACAGCUGCCAAUUGUGCUUUCCAAGUUGGCUUAUCUUAUUGACAAUCCGUGGAGUGUGUCCCUCGACCGAGCUACAGCUGCAGGUCUUAUCUUGGCCGACUCGUUGAUUGACAGGCACCUGGGGCAAAGACCAAUCACUCUGCUAGGCUUCUCCCUAGGCUCAAGGGUCAUCUUUUCGUGCUUGAAAGAGCUGUCGAAUCGUGGAGCAUACGGCUUGGUCCAGAAUGUUUACAUGUUCGGCUCGCCUGUGGUUGUCAGCAAGGAUGACUACUUACGGGCUCGUUCAGUCGUUUCCGGAAGGUUUUUGAAUGGAUAUGCCUCCAACGACUGGAUUCUCGGAUAUUUGUUUCGGAUGACGUCCGGUGGCAUCAUGCGAGUUGCUGGGCUUGCGCCGGUGGAAGGCAUUCCAGGCGUGGAGAAUAUUAACGUUAGCACAUGGGUUAAGGGCCACAUGGCUUAUCGUGCCGCUAUGCCACGGCUGUUGCGAGAAGUUGGGUGGGAAGUCGAAAGCGACGAGUUCACUGAGAUCGAAGAUCCGGACCCUGAAAAUCACGCGCAACGACAGCGAGAACUAAUCCUGGAAAUCGACGAGGCCAGGAAGAAAGCCGAAGAGAAACCGGACAAGAAACGUUUCGGCAUUUUCAAACGAGGCAAACUGGCUGAGAAGAAGGGUUGGGAGAGAUAUAACUCGAACGACCCCAACCACAAGCGAAACGCCAGUAACACUCUAGAGCCCGGUGGUAACGGCGAUGCCAACGUCCUGUUUGACGUUGAUGCAAUUCGGAGAGAAUUGGCGGGCGAAAUGAUCGAAGUCAGAGAGUUGGACAGCACCCUCCCUCCAAUGCAAAUCAUGUCAGUCAAGGAUGGGGAAAAGCACGUUGAAUAUUUACGCCUUCCGCCUGGGAUGAAGCCCGAGGAACUUGCAAGGCUGAAUCUCCCGCCACGUCCUGACGAGGUUGAUGUUUCUUUCGCACCUCUACAGCAGCCUACCCCCGUUCGGCCUGCAAGGUCAUCAUCUUUGAAGCCCGCCUCUAUAGCAAGCCCCCAACGGUCUCCUCGUGUCAGUCCUCAAAGAUCUCCUCAGCCAUCUCCGGACCCGGACAGGCGGUCAUCCUACACCUAUUCAGAGCCGAGAGAGCUGGCUAGCACAUUACCAGUUCUCACCGCUACGCCGUCUGCAUCUCCUAGACCGGAAAGUUACAAAGCACCUAUGGAACCCGUCCGACCGGAACUCAAACCACAUGCAACAGACCCCUCCGUACCAAGCUGGGGCCGGCCAUCGACAGCCUAUGAUGAUUCAGUUGCUCCGCCGGCGCCGAGGCUGGACUUGGAACGCAACGCCUGGGCUGAUGACGACGAUGAGUUUGGACAUAAUCGUGGCGAGAUCAGUAUGACCUUUGAAUGA